AUGAACACUGAUAGGAUUAUCAGGGAAUUACAGAGAAUUCCACAAAUCCUCACAAAGGAUGCAUUAAACUGGCAGCAGAUCGUCGAAGAUGGAGCCAACUACAUGAAAAGUUAUGCGAACCAAUGUGCGAAAAUCUUUAAGAGGGAAAUUAAUUUGAAGAAAUCGAGAUCGCUACGGCAAAUCGGCAAAACCAAACGACGAACAUUGCGAAACAUUAGGCAUAUCAACAGGAGGCGCAAGGACCUCAAAGAAUCGGUGAGACUGCUACACAUUAUCCAGAGUCGUACUCAGGUCAUGUAUUCACGCGUUCGCUACUGGAGAAAUGAUGAUAUUUUGCAAGAGAUUGACAUUGAGUCGAGCCAGACGGCUGGUAAGCUGCUGGAAGUGUUGAAAUUCCUAAAAGAUCAAUACGAUCUCGAAUGGGAGGCUAUGGAAAUGGUCAUACGCCAUCUCAAAAAUGUCGCCAGCAUUGACGAAGCCAUAAUGCUGAUGCGCAUUUGGCUGAAGAGCAGCCGCGCCGAGAGAGAGGACUUCAGCGCCAACUUGGCCGAGAAGUUUCAGGCCAUUGAGCAGCAUCGUGCCGCUUCCCAGUAG